AUGGCGGCUAGGGACCGCUUCGGUGUCUACGCUGAGCCAGGCGCUUCGCCGUUACAGCGGGCAGUUCGAAAUGCCUGCGAUCCUCAGAACUACGAGCCGAACCUAGCCCUGAACCUCGAAGUCGCGGAUCUAAUCAACUCCAAGAAAGGCAAUGCGCCCCGAGAAGCCGCAUUCGAGAUCGUUCAUCUUAUCAAUUCCCGAAAUCAGAAUGUCUCAUUAUUGGCGUUGGCGCUACUCGAUAUUGCCGUCAAGAACUGCGGAUAUCCGUUCCAUCUCCAGAUCGGCACGAAGGAAUUCUUGAAUGAAUUGGUCCGCAGGUUCCCCGAGCGACCACCCAUACGGCCCUCGAGGGUCCAACACCGCAUUUUGGAGUCGAUCGAGGAGUGGCGCCAGACUAUCUGCCAGACAUCGCGCUAUAAGGACGACCUCGGCUUCAUUCGUGACAUGCACCGUCUGCUGCUUUACAAGGGGUAUAUGUUCCCAGAGGUCCGCCGAGAAGAUGCUGCGGUCUUGAACCCUAGUGAUCGGACGAGGAUGGAAGAGGAAGAGAGGGAGGCACAGUCUGCCAAACUUCAAGAGCUGAUUCGGAGAGGCACUCCCGCUGAUCUGCAGGAAGCGAACCGUCUCAUGAAGGUUAUGGCCGGAUUCGACAAUAGACAUAAGACUGACUAUCGGGCAAAGGCCGCAGAGGAGGUUGUUAAGGUACAGCAAAAAGCCAAGAUUCUCGAAGAGAUGCUGCAGAAUCAACAACCCGGGGAGACUCUCCCCCGAAGGCGACUUGAUUGGUCCCUGACGCUCUACCAGGAACUUGCGAGUGCUUUGCAAAGCGCUCAUCCCAAAAUCCAGAAAAUGUGCGAGGAAGAAUCAGAUGACCCCGAGGCCGUCCACAAGCUACUGGAGAUAAACGACAGCAUACAUCGCACAAUCGAGCGGUAUAAGCUAGUCAAGAAGGGUGAUCUGCAUGCUGCAUCUCAGAUUCCCAAGGGUACUCUGGGCACCACGACCGGAGUCUCGAAAAAUGCAAACAACGAGCUCUCUCUUAUCGAUUUCGACCCGGAGCCUGAACCCAGCUCCAACGGCAACGAGGCGGGGCCAUCCCAGGGCGGUAACUCCUUGGAGAAUGACCUGCUCGGCCUUUCGUUAGGUGAACAAUCUCCGUCUCCCGGAGGUGGUAUCUCUCUCGGAUCUUCCAUGAAUUUCCCAUCCAUGUCAGCAAGCCCAACACCGUCUGCCCCGUCACAACCUCAGCAGCAGGCGCCAACAGCCUUCAAACCUAAUUAUGAUAUCCUCUCUUCUAUGAACAGUUCGCGACCCGUCUCUCAAUCUCCCACGCCUGUCAUGGGUGUCUCGUCCCAAGCCCAGUCCACAGCGACUCCGCCACCAGCAGCUGACCCAUUUGCAUCGCUCGUCUCUGCCAGCCCACGGGCAACAUCUAGUCCCUUCCAACCACCGGCCCAAAGCCAACCUGCUCCGGCUUCGUCCUCAUUGCUUGACCUGGUCGGAGACACAGGUCCGUCCCCGCAACCGGCGCGGCAGGCCGCUCCAGUGGAAGAUGAUGAGUGGGAUUUCGCAUCCGCAUUGCCAGCGAGCAAUGCGCUUCCAUCGACCAAUAAGAUCCAAGUCCUGAACUCUCAGCUCCGUGUCGACUUUGCUGCACGCCGGGUGCCGAACCAGACACGCCAGGUCCACAUUGUAGCCAUAUUCUCAAACGCGACUACCCAAAGUAUUGGAGAUCUCCAUUUCCAGGUCGCUGUGGAGAAGUCCUACACGCUACAGCUUCGGCCGCAAUCAGGCCGAGACAUUGCACCCCAGCAGCAAAAUGGGGUCCAACAGGAGAUGCUCAUAGAUGGAAUUGACGUUGGGAAGGGCAACUCGGUGAAGAUUCGGUUCAAAGUAUCUUACAAGCUUGGCAGCGAGGCCCGUGAGGAGCAGGGAAUGGUACCACCGCUGGGAAUCGCCUAA